AGUGAAAACGGUAAAAUUCCACUGUUCCCGUUUCGUAUCAAGCACACACAUUGACAUUGGAAGAAUACUUCGACAAAGUGUCAAGAUUAGUAGGCGUUAAGAAAUUUUGAUUUUUUUUUUCUUAUUGUACUACUGUAUAUACACAUAAAAUAGUUCUCUCUAGUAAAUUCUUUCUAUAGACUCGCUUAAAGUGCUUUUAUAUCAAUUAAACCAAUUUAUAUUCAACUAAUUUGUGUUUUCGACGAAACGGGAACAGUGGUAUUUUUAUUUUCGACGAAACAGGAACACUGGGAAAAAAAUGUUUCGACGAAACGGGAUAAUUAAUUAAGCUUUCGACGAAACGGGAUAAUUAAUUAAGCUUUCGACGAAACGGGAUAAUUAAUUAAGCUUUCGACGAAACGGGAAUACUCGCUCUUUGCUUUAUAUGGUUUAAUGAAUAAAUAUUUUAUCUUACGUGCCAGAUGGUCUAAAUCAUUCAUAAUUGUCAGCUUCUGACGAACAAGAUAAAGAAUGUAUUUGUGAUGUUUUUUUGAAUAGUUCAAGCAGAAAAUCUGUUGAAUACAUAUUGUCAAUCAAUGCCAAUACAUUUGAAAUUUGAUAAUGAACAAAUUUUUGAUAAAUCAUUAAUAAACUUAUCUGAGGAUAUAUUAGAUGAUGCUUUUGACUUUAACAUUAGUGUGUCAACAUUAGGAAAAUAUUGA